AUGGCUCGAAGAAACUUUGAUCAAUCAAAUUGCGACAAUUGGGGAUACGAAUCAGCCUCACACAGAACAAACAGCACUUGCAGUAGUGCAUACAGCGAUGGACAAUGCCCCAAUUCCCCCAAAGUUCCAAGGUCCUGCCUCGACACUGAUGUACACGGCAACGUCGUAUUGAGAGAAUUUCCCAGGAGCUUUCCGGAUCUCAUCGAAUCAGAUUGUGCCCACUCAAAUUGGGGCAUUGCUCAAAUUUUUCCCAAUGAGGAAUGGUUCCAGAAUGCCCCAAACCUCCCCUUUUCCUCAGCCGAUUACGAUUUUUUGUUGCCUAAUUUUACAUGCGAUCCCAAAAUCGAAAGUUCGUUUGUUCCAAUGAUUGGCGAUUCUCAAAUACUUGAAACUUUUGAUUUUGACGAUUCUUGGUUGACUGGCGACAUCUCUUCACCAUCGCUCCCUUAUGCUGAACAAUUUCAAUUUUGUAGCCCGACGUCGAGUUACGAGAAGCUUUCAAACGUCUCAACAGAAGCUGGAACAUCGGCUAAAGAUAGCAAGUACGCUGAUUUUUUGGAGUCUAAUUUCAGCGGACCGACUCAGUGUCGUUGGGAAGGAUGUACUUCAAAGGCAACAUUUUCCACCCCAAAAGCUUUCAACAAACAUUUAAAGAAUAUACAUUUGAGACCCUUGGUCUGUGACGUUGGGGGUUGCGGCUAUCAGAAACCAUUUAGAAAUAAGUAUGACUUGGAACGACACCGACAAACUGCACACCUUCGUGCCCGUAACCACGAGUGUCCAUUUGUGCACUGUGGAAACAUAGGGUUCGCCCGCAAAGACAAACUAUGGGUGCAUAUCCGGGAAUGUCAUGAUCAAUCAUCUACUGUCAGUAUAUGUCCUGUAAUUCACUGCGGGAAAGAAGUCGAGACGCCUGUCUCCGAGCACAUACAGAAAGAACACGGAAGUUUUGAAUGCGGGUUGAGCACGUGUGGAAAAAAGCAAAGUCGCUUCACGGAUAUUCAACUCGAAAGUCAUUUGAGAAGCGCGCAUGGAUUGAAUCCUGGGGAAGCUUCGAAAGCUGUUGGGGCGGCCAAGAAAACUUCAGAUAAAACGAUACGAAGAACAGAUCUCCACACAAAAUCAGAGAUAACAGAAUGUUCCAUUUGCAGUCCCUGAAUGUUUGCUCGAGUGGAUUUAUUUUAUACAGUAUAUAGUGAUACGUUCAGGGGUGGUGCACACUGUAAAUGCAGGAGACGAGAUUUUAUAUGGGUACGAAUGUGUUUAUUUCAUGCAUCGAUUUACUGGGGUUUCUUAUAUCCAGUCACUUUCUUAUGUUAAUAGACAAUGGAGGCGCAAGGAGCGAUGGUCAGUGAUGGUUUUAUAAUUUUGCUUAUAUCGAUAGCUUAUUACAUCUCAACUUUCCCAAAACUUCCGCAUACAAAGAACCCAAAUACUAGACACGUUAGCACCGUCGUCUAGAUGCUUUUGCCUUAUUUCUUAAUCAUUUGCAUCUUGUAGAUUUCACACAGGCUCUGGGGAUACUGGGACAAAGAAUAAUAGUUAAGAAUGGGAUAUCUGUUGGAUUUUUCGACGUGACUGCACAUUCUCAUAUUUCUUGUGUAUUUCACGGGUCUUGUGUGUUGUUGUUAGAAUUGCACAUGGUACA